CCUGAAAGGAACACAGAAUGAAUGCAGUCAUCUCCCUAGCCUGGUUCCAGACGUCGGAAUCGCCACCCACAUCUCAGUUUUGUUCAGCAAUCCAAAAUAGGUCUGGUGUCGUGCCCAUUGAUGUCUGUUUUUGUCGAUUGGAGACACAGUCGACCAAUCAGUUUGUGACACUUUAAAAGGUUGAUAGCUCUUUGCCAAGUCUCAGAGCCUCAGAUCGAUGGCUGGUGGAGAGCGGCGUCAAGGUACAGCGCGCGUCUCGCAUCUCCAGACAUGGGAGUUGAAGUCAACACACCAGGGUGUUCAACCCUCCGUAGGAAACUGAAUGAGACGCUUCACAAGAGGAGUGGGCAAAACCCAGCAGAGAGAGGCUUGGUGAGAUAGAGGAAGAUAUUAGGCGCGUGGAGAGAAAAAGGAAGAAGGGAGAAGUGAGUGACUGACACCUGCCCUCCAGCUCAGUGUGAAGGGCACAGAAUGGGAGAGUGAGAGGAGGGGCAUGAAAGGAGGGAAAACAGAAGAGAGAAUGAAGACAACCGGAAAACAAGGACUGCCUCACAGCAAACCUCGCUCAAAUUAGGACAUCUCGCCCCAAGACAAGAUGAUUACAAGAAAUCUGCUCCUGUUGGUUUCCCUCUGUCUGUGGGAGGGGCUUGCAGGAGGUGCCAGUAAGACUGUACGGAGGAGAGGAGUAGGCGGAUCGCAUAUAGUGAAGCUAGGGGACAGCAGAGCUGCGGAACAAUGGGAUGCAAGCGUGGAUGCGAAUGCAAUGCCCAUGGUGACUCUUAGAAACCUGAUUAGUCAUGAGCAGGCGGGUGACACUGGAUCUUUUUCUUAUUCCAAAAUAUUGCAGACUCAUGCUGCUCCAUCAGUAGCUAACAAAGAGAGGAAAGCUUUCAAGCCCAAGCGAGAGGUUGACUCUGUCAAUAAAAAAGAAAUAACUCCACACAUAUUAGCCAAUAACAAGGAGUUAAAUCAGGAUGUGAAGAAAGUUAAGAACAACACCAAGAAUGCCGAGACUUCUACUAAAACAGGAAGGUCGGAGAAAACAUUCACAGUCCAUCAUAAACCAGAUCUUCACACAAAUAAAACUAGGUUUAAAUCAGGAUCUAGGUCCAGGAGUAGACCUGAUUUGAAUGUCCAUACUACUGGUGUGCCAGGAAAAGGAUUCAGCAUAGAUUCAAACCGAAAGCUGAACUUCACUGGCAGUUAUGGAGUUUUGAAGCUGCUGUCGAAAGAGAACCUAGUCCGGAUCGUCAAUUCCCAAAUGCAGAGUGUUCCCAGCAUGAGCUUUCCAAGCAAGGGCAGCCGGAGCAGGAAGAGAGAUUUGAUUGACGUUAAUCACGGACAGUUAGAGGCUCAGAAAGGGCCGAGACAAGAUAUGGCUGUCACUCAGUUUCACACUGGAUUUGAUAAUCAGACUGCAUUUCCAUAUGUAAGCCAAGUCACCACUACAGAUCUUAAUCGAGACCAGGGCGCCAACACUCGUGUUAAUCCACUAAUUGAUGUCAACCCAGCUUUAAGUAAAGGGCAGGGCAACCUGGGAAUGCAGAGUUCAGAAAGUGGCGAUAGCAAGAGCAAACACCUCAUCCGUUUACUGUCAACACCUCUCAGUGAGGUCAGCCUCAGCCCCGAGAAGGAAGUAAUAAUAAGCCAAACAGAACCACCAUUUACAUCGACAGAACAUUUCCCACUGGAUGUUCCCUCUGAAACAAAUGAUUCUCCACCGUCUGUGCUGACAAUGCAACCCCUGGGAGUAAGACUGGGGAACAGAGCAGCAGAUUCCCAUAGAGACCCAUUAACAGAGUCAGUUCACACUGCUCAAACAGAAGUCAGCACAGCUCAGUACCCUGUAGAUGAAGACAACAAACUUGUCAACAGCAGUCAUGUCCUGAGGCUCCACCCAGCUCCCGCAUGGAGCCAUGAUACAAAAGACGCUGGGAUGCAAGCUGUCGAUCCAGAAAAUGGGAAGGGCCUUGUGUUUGAAGAAGCAGAGUCAGACGUGGAAGAGGAGGUGAAUGGCCGAAUGGAAAAGAAGGGGUCGCGCUCUCGCAGCAGGAGGAGCUGGAUCUGGAAUCAGUUCUUUGUGAUUGAAGAAUAUGCUGGACCAGAACCUGUGCUCAUCGGACGGCUCCACACCGACAUGGACCGAAAUGAUGGACGCACUAAGUAUGUCCUGCGAGGCGAGGGGGCGGGCUCUGUCUUUGUGAUAGACGAGAAGACAGGUAACAUCCACGUCACCAAGCCACUGGACCGUGAGGAGAAGGACGAGUAUCGUCUAGUUGCCACGGCCACCGACAGACAGACUGACCGUGCCCUGGAGCCCUCAUCCCAGUUUAUAAUCCGGGUGCAGGACAUCAAUGACAACCCGCCUAUCUUUGACGAAGGCCCCUACAGCGCCAUCGUGCCUGAGAUGGCAAAUAUAGGCACGUCUAUAAUCCAGGUGACAGCGACAGAUGCUGAUGACCCGACUUAUGGGAACAGCGCCAAGCUAGUGUACACACUGGUGCAGGGCCAACAGUACUUCUCUGUCGAUCCCCAGACAGGUAUUCUGCGCACGGCUGUACCUGACAUGGACAGGGAGACUCAGGACCAGUACCUGGUGGUGCUCCAGGCCAAAGACAUGGGGGGGCACCUGGGUGGAUUAUCUGGGACCACCACCGUCACUGUCAAACUCACUGACGUCAAUGACAACCCUCCACGCUUCACCCAGAGUAUGUGGUCCUUCUCCGUUUCCGAGUUGGCCAUCCCGGGGGCUGAGAUAGGGCGUAUCUCUGCAACUGACGCAGACCUCGGCGAGAACGCCAAGCUGGAAUAUACCAUCCUGGAGGGGGAGACCGGGGACACGUUCAACAUCACGGGAGUGAACCAAGAGGCGGUCAUCACACUCAACAAGGCAGUAGACUAUGAGAGCCGGAGCUCCUACUCCUUUUCUGUGGAGGUCCUCAACCCCAUAGUGGAUCCUCGCUUCUUGCGUCGAGGCCCCUUCAAGGACCGGGCCUCCAUCAGAGUAGCAGUGCUGGAUGCAGACGAGCCUCCGAGGUUCUCCCGAGCCCGAUACCACAUGGACGUAUCUGAAAACUGUCCGCCAGCCUGCACUGUGGGCCGGGUUAGCGCUGUAGACCCUGAUACUGGUCUUACUAACAAUAUCAGGUUCUCCAUUGAUCCUCAGUCAGACCCAGAGGCUCUGUUUCGUAUCAGCCCAGACACCGGCCUCAUUGUGACAGCCAUGGAAUUGGACCGGGAGCGCGAGCAUUGGCACAACAUUACUGUCAUCGCCACCCAGAGAGACAAUCCCAGCCAGGUGUCCAGAGUUCUGGUUGCAAUAGAAACAUUGGACCUGAAUGACAAUGCACCGGAGCUUGACAGGCAAUACACAACGGCUAUGUGCGACUCAUCCACCAUCGGGCAGGUGGUGCAGGUGUUGCGAGCGAUUGAUAGAGAUGAGGGAGGGAAUGACAGCACUGUGUAUUUCAGCAUCCCUCCGGAGUCCAGCGCUGCCCUCAACUUCAGCGUCAGGGACAGUGGUGGCCCCACAGGCAGCCUGGUGCUUCUGUCCCAGCUCCAGCCACUGUCCCGUUCCCAAUCCUCCACCCUGACGCUGUACGUGCCACUAGUCCUGAGGGACGGGAUGUCAGGCCUCACCAGCACCGGGACGGUCACUGUGUCUGUCUGUCCCUGCCUGAGAGGAGGGGCACGGGCUGGGGAGAAAGAGAAGGAAAAACAGGUCGAGGGCGAGUGGGACUGGGAAAGAGAGGCGGUGUGUCUCCCUCAGCAGUCCACACUUCCUUCCCCUGGGCUAAGUACCGCUGCCCUGCUGGCUAUUCUGGCUUGUGUCGCUACGCUACUAGCUGUGAGUGCCCUGUCCCUGUCAUUGCGCCGUCAGAAGCGCGACUCCCUGUCACCACUGGAGGAGGAUGACGUGCGUGAGAACAUCAUAACGUAUGAUGACGAGGGCGGGGGUGAGGCCGACACCGCUGCCUUUGACAUUGCCGCACUACAAAGUGCCCCGCACAGUUCUCGCUCACGUGGCUAUCGCACACUGGACAGCAGGAAUGUACGUUACGCCCAUCGUAACCAAGAAAAAGCUCGCACCUAUAGCUGGGCUCAAAAUCCAGGUGUGGAUCACAACUACUCUGGACCAGGAGGACCUCUCUAUGGUCGCCUCUGUUACAGCAGCCACACUUUACCUGUUCUCCGCCGCACACCAGGGGGGACAUUUGAACCAGGCCUUGCAGAGCUGGGAUACCGCUUUCCUGGAGGCCAGCCAGACCACUCUCUGGUAAUCCAGAACCAGGGGGCCAUGGUAGGGCCAAUGGAGUCUGGGGCGGUGUACAUAGCUCCCACGGACCACAGCACAGGAAGCCGAACGGGGAGUCGUACGGGAAGCCGUGACGGGACUGCACCCCAAAGUGGAGUGAGCACGUCGGAUGGAGGAACUCCGAGAACCAGUGACAGCCAGGAGAGAGGGGGAGGCACAGGAACUGCAAGCAACUGUACAGAGGGGAGCAGUGAGGACAAAGUGAACCACACUCAAGAUGUGGACUGGAGCUCUGGAGUGCUGCGCCGACUAAACCACUUGACGGAGCUGAUUAUCCCACCUCCUGAGCCCGGCAAAUUGGUUCAAUCAAAAGCGUGAUUAGUUGAAUCAGUUGUUUUAAAUAGAAUAAAAGCCUGGAGUCUCUGCAGCACUCCACAGCUCUUUUUUAGUCUUUAAGCUAGCUUAGAUGCAUCAACCGACAGUGGCAGACGAAAGUGGUUCUGUCAGGCCAUUUGUCAAGUCCUCUGUCAAAGAAACCCCUAUAUACUGAGGAUAGUUAACUCACACUUAAAUUAUAAGAGCAGGUAUCUUAGCAUCAAGAUAUGGUCAUUUGAAGGUCAUCUGGUCUGAAAAGUCCUCUUGACUCCAAACAGGUAGACCCCAUCGGUUCUGUGUCCCCCAGUGACUUCAUUGCUCCCGCACGAUGUUGAUACAAUUCCACAAUUGCGUGCUGAACAAAGUGUAUUUAUUUCUGUUGUACUUUUUCUUUUUGUAAAUUUGAAUAAAAAAAUGAACUAUUUCAA